AUGCAGCUCUUCCUGACCCUUGUUUUUUUUCUCCUUAGCCAUGCUCUCGGCGCCUUCAUCCCCAAAGCCGAACUCCUCCAGAUCGAUAACCAUCUUAUGCGAAGACAGGUCUCCACAACAUCAACGAGUUCGGUCACAACCACUACCAAGAAACCUGACUCUCAGUGUACGAAUGGGCCGCUGACCCGUCAAUGCUGGGGCAAUGGAUUCAGCAUUGCAACCAACUAUGAUAGCACCUGGCCCAACACUGGCAAGGUGGUUCAGUACCAUCUUGAGGUCACCAAUACCACCAUGGCUUUGGACGGUGUGCCCAGACGUGUUUAUGCUAUCAACGGCCAAUAUCCGGGGCCCACGAUUCGAGCCAGCUGGGGGGACACCCUGCAAAUCACGGUCAAGAACAGCCUCACCACGAACGGGACUAGCAUGCAUUGGCACGGUUUGCGCCAAUGGCACUCAAAUCAUAUGGACGGCACCAACGGCAUAACAGAGUGCCCCCUCGCCCCUGGGCAGUCGCGCACAUACACAUUCCUCUGCACGCAGUUUGGCACAACAUGGUACCACAGUCACUAUUCCGACCAAUACUCGGAUGGGGUGGUAGGCACCUUGAUCAUCGACGGACCGGCCACGUCCAACUACGACAUUGAUCUGGGCACAUUCCCCAUCAACGACUGGUACUACCGGCCGGCUUUUGAGCUGGCGCCCUUGAUCAAGACUGGUGGAUUCCCGCGCGGUCCGCCGCCCGGAGACAACAUCCUGAUCAAUGGCACCAAUGUCAAGGUCGACGGCACCACAGGCAGCUACAGCCGGACCACCUUGACCAAGGGCAAGAAAUAUCGGCUCCGGCUCAUCAACACCUCCACCAAUGACAAUUUCAAGGUUGGCCUGGACAGUCACACCUUCACCGUCAUCACCGCCGAUUUCGUCCCUAUUGUGCCAUACACCACGCAAUGGCUGUUUCUGGGCAUCGGGCAGCGGUACGACGUGAUCAUCAGCGCCAACCAGCCCGUUGGCAGCUAUUGGUUCCACGUCGUGCCCCAGGCAGGCUGCAGCAGCAACCAGAACCCAAAUGCCCUGGCGAUAUUCAGCUACGCCAGUGACAACUCGACGACCCCGUCCAACGCCACCAGGUCCAACGCCCCGGCAGGCGCCGAUUGCAGCGACCCGAACAAAAACCUGGUGCCGUACGUCAAACUCGACGUGCCGGACAAUUACACCAUUCCCCAGCAGUCGUACCUCGAUGUUGGCUUCGCCAUUGUCCAAAACCAAGCCCAGCAGACGCUGUUUCAGUGGAAUCUGAACUUUACAGCCAUCCAAGUCCCUUGGGGCAAGCCGACCCUGCAAUACGUGCUCGACAACAACAGCAGCUACACGCCCAACAUGAACCUGAUAUCCCUUCCCAAUGCCAACGCCUGGUCCUACUGGGUCAUCCAGGCCGUAUCCACCGUGGCCCCGCCGCUUCCGCACCCGAUCCACCUGCACGGCCAUGACUUCUACGUCCUGGGCGCCGACGCCGGCAUUUUCAACAACUCCCAGACCCUAAAUUACAAGAACCCGCCGCGCCGGGACGUCGCCAUGCUCCCGGCCUCCGGGUACCUGGUCCUGGCCUUCAUCACGGACAACCCGGGCGCCUGGCUGAUGCAUUGCCACAUCGCAUGGCAUGUCGGCCUGGGCCUGGGCGCGCAAUUCCUCGAAGAGCCCGACUUGAUCAGGACCACGCUGGGCAUCGGCCAGGACUGGAAGCAGGAGUGUGCGCAGUGGAAUUCCUACUCUGCAACCGCCAUCUACGCCGAGGAGGAUUCGGGUCUGUGA